AUGUGGUACUACAUCGAGAACAAGAGUCAGCUACCGAAUAUUGUUGGCAACUAUCUCAUGUCGGCAACUUCGAGCCAGCAUUUGGGUGGAUUGGUAGGGGUUAAGCGACCUGGAGUGCAGGUUACUAGCAAGGUGUUGGAGGACGCAAAAGAGCUGGUCAAGGGCAUGACCGAUACGGCAGCGGGUGCUUCGUUCGUCGAGCAGCUACUUUCUCUUGGAGUGAAGGUGCAGAUCAGUUAUUUCGAGGCCGAGCCACGAGCUUGCGCAUAUUGA